AUGAUUCGCAAGGUUGAAAUUGAUGAUCUUUGUGUCACAACUCAUUCAAUCAAAUGGACCGAAGAAGAAGCUGCGGAUGAAUUCCCAGAAGCUAAUGAAAGUGUCGGACAUUUUUUUUCGUUUCUUUUGUUCGAUUUCAGAAAAAGUUAUCGAAAUUUUUUGUUGUUGAAAAAACUGUGAUUGGCUGAAAAUCAUACGUCAUCAUUCGUUUUUGAUGACGUGGCGUUCCCUCAAUUUUUUAAUUAUGUCACGCGAGAAAAUAAAUUUAGCAAUUUGAAAUUUUUGGAGGGGAAAAUCAAUUUGAGAAAAAAACAUUUGAAGUAAAACAAACAACAAAAAACAUAAAUUUAUUUUUCAAAACACACGGAAAGUCAAGUUUUCUUUUUCGGUUUUCUUUUCUCCCUAUGAUAUAGUUGGACAACGACUCGACUUGAGUCGACUCGAGUCGACUUGGAGUCGAGUCGUUUGGAAAAUACCUUUCGACUCGACUAACGACUCGAGUCGUUUAGUCGAAAAGGUGAGUCGAUUAGAAAAUGACUCGAGUCGAGUCGAAUGGUUUUUUUCGACUCGACUCGACUCCGAUGGUCAAUUUUCUCAUGGUGGGUGGGGCUUUUGUAAUAUGGUUAAAGACACAUAGAAAACUAGAAAUGUUUGUUUGUAAUCUUCAAAAUUUGAAUGCGCGCCUUUUUUCAAAGUUGUGUGUUGUUCGUUUGAAAAAAUGAAAAAAAUAAAUAAAAAGUGGUGGUACGGUAUGCUAAGAAUGCACACAUGUGCGGCAAAUCACGGACAUUUGUGCAAACACCAAAUUUCGCGUCGGCUGAGCGAUUUCAAAAAAGGAAAUUUCUUUUUUUGACUUUCGCUAAACUCAAUAUUUUUCAAUUUUGUUUAUGUACUUCCACUAUUUGAAGAAUGAUACAAAACAUGCAAAUAAUGAUUUUCAAACGAUUUCUAGUUUUCUACGUGUCUUUAAGGUGUUGGCUUAGAUGGUGAAUAUUGGAUGGUGAUUGGUGGACAUGGUGAUAGUGCACCAAUCACACCAAUUGCACCAAUAAUUGGAAAUUGGUGUGAUUGGUGCAGUUGGCGCAAUUUUAAAAUUUGUUGA